UAUCCCCUCCUAAGGUAAAGCCCAACUUCGCACAUUGCACACCACCGCAACUCCCGCUCGUCCCCCGCUUCUUCUCCGCCAUGUCGGGCGAUCGCAAUGCCGGCCGCCGCCUGCCCGUCGACGCGCUGGCGGGCGUGAGUCCCGCCGACAUGGUGCGCCUGCUGGGACAAGCGCUGGUGCAAACCGACUCCGCUCGUCCCGGGUUUUGCUACCACGCUGUGCGGAAGGAGUUUGCAGAACUGCUCUCUUCCUCCGCCUUCCCCCCUCUCCGAGAGGCCACCCUCCCGACUCAUGCUAUUUCUUGCGCGAAUCAACCAGCAGAGGUCACUUCCAUCACCAGCAGCAGCAGCAGCAGCAGCAGCAGCAGCGGCGGCAGUGGCGGUGGCGGUGGCGGUGGCAGCAGCAGCAGUGUGGCCUACCCUGGUCCAGUGACGUACGGUAUGCUGUGCGUGCUGUCCAUGCUGCAGGUGCAGGGCCGGGAGGGGGGACACGUGGCGCAUGGCGAUACGCUGCUGCACCUGGUGCUGGCAGCGCUGGAAGGCGUCACCGCAGGGACAGGGGCAGAGGCAGCAGGUGCAACCGCCGAUGCAGCAACACUUGCAGUACCAGCAGCAGCAGCACCAGCAGCACCAGCAGCAACACUUGUAGUACCAGCAGCAGCAGCACCAGCAGCACCUGCAGCACCUGCAGCACCUGCGCCAGCAGCAGCGGCUGUGGCAGCAGCAGAUGGGGGUAUUGCGUCCAGAGUUGUAUCAGAUGAGCUUAUAGCGAAGCGGCUUGCCUGCGGCAUGUUCUGGGGUGCCAUGAGGAGUGCGCAGGAAGCAAAACGAGCAGCCAGGGGGAAGAAAGCAGACAAGGAGCCAUCCUCCUCUGAGUCAGAGGGAAAGGAGCCGCAGUUGGGAAACGCACAUGCUGCUGCUGCUGCUGCUGCUGCACAGGUGCGGACGCCCGAGGCUGCUCUCCUGGCCGCGCUGUUAUAUCACUCCCUGGUUGACGCUAGCAGCAGCGACAGCAGCAGUGGCAGUGGCGGCGGCAACAAGGGAGUGGACUCGUGGGACUUCUCUGCCCUGCGGCCGCGCGUGCUGGUGCGGCUGCUGGCAGUGGCGGAUGUGUCCAUACGAGACCUGGAAGACUACGUGACCUCCAUGGGACUCGUGGUGCCACUAACAGAGGUGCAAGUAGAGGGAGACGCAGCGACAGGAGAGGUUCCUGCUGCUGCUGUCUCUGCUGCUGCUGCUUCUGCGGCUGCUGCAGCUGCUGCUCCCGAUUCUGCUGCCUUUGCUCCUGCUCCUCCCGUAGCCCCAUCCCAGCAACAGCAGGGCACCCCGCCCUCAACAACCCCAGCCCUAGAAGAGGUGAUUUUUGUGUCGACUCCAAAAUCUGCUCCUCCCGCAGCCCCAUCCCAGCAGCAGGGCACCCCGCCCUCAACACCACCAGCCCUAGAAGAAGUCCGCGCGUACCUGCGCCUGCUCGUGUCCCGCAAAGCCUACCCAGCAGCGGUGGGCCUGAUGAAACAGCUGCACAUGAGCGAAGGCCGGUCAGGGGAGUUUUUACUGGAUAUGGUGGAGAGGGGCCAGGUGGAGCUGGCGGCUGACUGGGCCAAGUUCCUUGGUGCUGACACGUGUCGCGCUCUGAUUCGCGCGUGCAUGCAUCGCGAGCUGUUCAAGGCAGCGUAUAAGGUGGUGGUGCGGUGCGAGAUGAAGGAGGAGUUUCCCGAUGCAAAGACCGAGUACAGGAAGAGCUCUCUGCGCAAGCUAGCGGACAAGUGCAUGUGGGAAGUGGCAGAGAGCCUUGUGGGGGACGAGCCCGACCUCCUGGACUACCUGCUGCAACUGGCGGUGGAGUCCGGGGAGGCGGAAUUCGCAUCCUCCCUGUGCACCCAGCACAACGUGCCCGUGCCACCUGCUGUGCAAGGCGCAUUGGCAUCCGAGGCCCCCACACCCGUGCUCUCCCUCCCUUACCUUCUCCAGUGGGGCACCAAUGGAGGGCAGGGGGGGGAGGCACAAGAGCAGGAGCGCGUGGGGAGUGCUGCUGACACAGCAGGUGCAGGUGUGAUGGAGAUGGGGAAGGUGGAAAAUGGGGAGGAGAAGAAGCAGGAGCAGGAGGAGGAGGAGAAGAGGAGGGAGGCGAUAGUGAUGGUGGAUAGUCUGGCGAGUAUUGAGCGCAUGGGGGCGGUGUUAGGCGGGGAGGGCGUGGAUGCAGUGGGCUUUGACUGUGAGUGGAAGCCCAAGACGCAGAAGGGCGCCCGGGCCAACAAGGUGGCCAUUCUCCAGGUGGCCACGCGCUGUCAAGCCUUCCUCAUCGAUCUCAUCACCAUCACUGCCUCUCCGCCUCUCUCCCUCGCUCUCAACUCCGUUCUCUCCCACCUCUUCACCGCUCCACACAUUGUGAAACUCGCCUACGGCGCCGCAAACGACCUGCGUCUGCUCGCCCGCUCCCACCGCACUGCCCUCCCCGCCGUCUCCUCCUGCCACCCCCUACUCGACCUCCAGCCCCUCGUCCCUCUCCUCUGGCCGCUAACGGGGGACGAGACCCCCAAGGGCGGGCUCAAGGGGGUGGUGCGGAGCGUGUUUGGGAAGAGGAUGAGUGCGCGAGUACAGAUGAGUGAUUGGGAGGCGCGGCCGCUGAGUGCAGCGCAGGUGGAGUACGCGGGGCUGGAUGCCAUGGUGCUGCCGCAUAUCUACGACCGCUGUGCCCGUGUGGCUGCAGUGCAUGCUGCUGAGGCGUUGGUUGCCUCUUGCAAGUCGUCCUUCCACAUCCACGGCGCCAUCCCCGAAGUCGACGACGACGAGGGCGACCUGGCCUAUCUGGUGGGGCAGGAGCGGGUGGCCGCUGCUGCUGCUGCCGCUGGGCUCGCCCCCAUGCCAGGAUCCUCCCUGGAAGAGAUAUUAGCUGCCAAGGAGAGGCAGGCCAAGGGAGAGGGGGAGAAGCGGAAGCAGGGGAUGGCCUUUGAGGCGUCUACGGGGCGGAUGUUAGAGGGGGAGGGGAGGGAGGCGAAGGGGGAGGGGGAGACGCGGCAGGGGGAGGGGGAGCAGCAGUUGCGGCAGGGAAAGCAGAAGCAGGGGAAGCAGGAGGAGGAGACGAAGGAGGAGCCUCACACCAGCCCCACUCCCCCCACUUCCACAACCCUCACCGCUGUCCUAACUCCAGUAAACGCUUUUGCCAUCUGGACCACCGACCAGGUGCAAGCAGCGUGCAGAGGCGGCACUGCUGCUGCUACUGCCCUCUUGAGCCGCUUCCCACAGCAGCAGCAGCAGCAGCAGCAGCAACCACUCGUUAAGGACCCCCUAGAAUCGCUCCGGUCUGAUGGGAGACCACGACCAGGAGCCUUUGAGGCGCCUCAGAGUGGGACUGGAGGGGGGCUGCUAGGUGUUCAAGGGGAGGAAAGUGCCUGUUGCAGUGGGGAGGGUGCGGAGCAGGAGUGCUUGGAAACGGCCCAAGGGAGUGAUGAGGAGGUGGAGGAGGAAAGGGAGGGUUAUGGGGGUGAUGAUUACGAUAGUGGUGGUGGCAGCAGUAGUGGCAACAACAGUAGCUGUGGUAGCAGUAGUGGCACCAGCGGCAGUAGUGACAGCAGUAGUGACAGCAGUAGUGACAGCAGUAGUGACAGCAGUAGUGACAGCAGUAGUGACAGCAGUAGUGACAACAGUAGUGACAGCAGUAGUGACAGCAGUAGUGGCAGCAGUAGUGGCAGCAGUAGUGACAGCAGUAGUGGCAGCAGUAGUGGCAAAAGCAAUGGCAGUACCGGUGGCAGUAGCAAUGGCAACAGCAGUGGACCCAAGGAUGUGGAAGGUCGAGGCGAAGCUGGGGAAGCAGCAGCAGCAGCAGCAGCGGUGCAAGGGGGAAUGGAUGUGGUGCCGCUUAUGUGUGUUGCUGUCACUCACUCUGCACCUGCCAUCCCAGGGACCGUGAAGUCAAAGGUGCAGGAGUGGCAGCAGGGCUGGGGGCUGCCCAUCCCUGCAUACUCCACAGUCAACCUUUCCACGCACUGGCUCUGCGACGCGCUGCCCUCCCUGCUGCACGUGCCCUCCUUGCCAGUAACCGAGCCCAUGGACCACAAGCCAUGGUGGGUGAGCGGCCCUGGCGCCCUCCUCCCGCGCUUCGUGUCCCAGGUUCGCGUUCAGGUGCUCAGGCGGGCGUUGCGAGGGUCAUUUCCAGGGGAGAGGGUAACAGAGGGCCACGGGGGGGCAGGCGAUGGGAGAGGCGGUGAGGGGAAAGACGGCGAGGGGAAAGGCGGCAAGGGGAAAGGCGGUGAGGGGAAAGGCGGUGAGGGGAAAGGCGGCGAGGGGAAAGGCGGCGAGUGGCAGUGGCAGUGGAAGUGGGAGCGGUUUAUGGGUCUGCCGGCAGCAGCAGUGAAGGAGGCGGAGAACAGAGCGGCGUUUGCGGCGCUGCAGGCACUGGUGGGGCCAGAGGAGGCUGAGUUUCUGGCGUUUGACGACCUCCUGCACUCACAGGGCGCUGCAGCUGUGGCGCUUCGUUGUCCUCCCAGGCUUGCACCGGAUAUCAUCAUUGCCAUUGUACCAGCAGCAACAUCUGUCAAUCUGAACGCCAUUGCUGCUCAUUUUGGCCUCCUCCCAAGUUCCCUCUCUUUCCCCCUUUCCUCGACUGCAGCCGCCCUUACCGGCUUCCACAGUGAAUCCCUGCCUCCCCUGGGCUAUACCCAGUCAGUCACCACACUGGUCGAUUCCUCCCUCCUCCUCCACCUCCGCCUUCCCUCCGCGCCCUGCCCCUCGCCCUCUUCAUCUUCAUCCCCCACCGACUCAUCUUCUCCUGUAAUCUCCGUUGCCACUAGUGCAAAUGAUUCCCAGCAGCAGCAGCAGCAGCAGCAGCAGCAGCAGCAGCAGCAGCAGCAGCAGCAGCAGAGUUACCACCAGGAGGAGCACAAUGAGACCGUGUUCAUGCUGCCUGCUGGUGACUCGGACCACUGGCUGUUCAUCCGCCCUCAGCCGCUCCUCCGAGUCACGCAGGCCAUCCCUGUGCCCAACCUCGCUCUCCCAUGCUCCCCUGCUCCUCCCUCCUCUCCCUCCCCACUCCCCACUCCCUCCUCUCAUCCCUCUCCCUCCCCUCCUUCCUCUCCUUCCUCUUCUGCCUCCUCAAUUGCAUCCUCGCUUUCCACCGAACCUCGCACCCAACCUCCCGAUUCGAUUCCUCCUUCAUCCCCCUCAUCAUCUUCCUCCUGCUCUCCCACGUCCGUCCCACCACCCCCAACUGCAUCUGUCUCUUCCCCCGCGCUUCCCUCCCACCCCUCAUCCCCGCGCUCUGUCUCUCCAUCCGCUCUCAACCCCUCUCCACAGUCAUCCCUUGAAACCUCCUCUCUCUAUUCCUCUCCUCACUCUAUUCCCUCCUCUGCUCACACUGCCACCUCUCACCUCGCUACCUCUACCUGUCACACAAGCAGCAGCCCUCUUGUUUCUCGUCGUGCCAUUCUAUCUGCUUGCGCCGUGGCCGUGUGUCCCCUGGGCCUCUCCUUGUGGGCUGCUGCCGCUGCUACUGCCGCUGCUACUGCCGCUGCUACUGCCGCUGCUACUGCCGCUGCUACUGCCGCUGCUACUGCCGCUGCUACUGCCGCUGCUACUGCCGCUGCUGCUCCAACAGCUGCUGCUCCUACUGCUGCUGCUGCUGUCGCUGCUGCUGCUGCUGCCGCCGCCGCUGCUGCCGUUGCUGCUCUCUUACACACACCAUUGCCCAUACCUGCACCAUUACCAACCAUCCUAGGUUUAGCACCAGCAGGAAUUACUGCCGCACUCGCGCUAGCCACCACCACCUCCCUUCCGUCCCCCACCCUACGCUGCUAUCUCCACAGCAUCAGCAGCCGCUCUGAUAGGCACUGCCUGCCACACAAUGGAAAGGGCCUUUCCCGCAGGCACACACCUGCCAAGACUCACACCUGCAUGCAUACCCCAUCAAGCCACUCCCACUCUCACUCACACUCAUGCACAGCAACCAUUCCUUAUGCGCUCCCAGGUGUUAGGCUCGUUGCUGGUGCGCACAUCAACUCCCCAAUCACUGUACAUGCUCCACAGAGUAGCAGGCUUGCAACCCGUCCAGGUUCCCUGAAUCUGCAGCAGCGGGGUUGUCACAGCAGCAGGUGGUUGGCAGUGACACAGGGAUCCAGGACACAGGAGGAUUCGGAAAGUGGUUUUCCGAGGAGGGGGUUCAUCCUCCCUGUGCCGCUGCCUGCAACGGGCUCGUUUCAUCAGGGUUUCAGGGGCGUGAGUUACAUUAGGCAGCCCACUGGUGGAGUGAAAAUGCUGGCGCCGCCCCUCGCUUUGCUGUAGACAAGGGGAAGCGGACACAGGAAGUGUGCGGAUGCGUAUUUUGAGAAUGCUCAACGGUAGGUGUGCCUGCAACACCCAGGGGAAGCGGACGGAGGUGUGUGCUGAUGAACAAUUGUGCGGGUCGAAUCCUGGCUUAGCAGGAUCGUAGUGGAUCACUGGAGCGGGGUCAGUGGGUGGGGUGCAGGCCUCAAAUUUGAAGGGUGUUUCACCCUGAUUGCCCUUGCCAGCGGCCGCUUUUUCAGGAUCACCCUGAUUUUGUGAGGGCAUUUUUUCUGUGACCCUUAGUCAAAAAGUGUAA